AUGCGUUUCUCCAUCGCCUCCGUUGCCAUCAUGGCUGGUGCCGUCGCCGCUGUUCCUCAGUACGAGGUCCAGCCCAUCUCCCAGAUCUCCGACGGUCAGAUCCAGGCUCCUCCUGCCACCAGCAUGAUCCCCGCCGUCCCCAUGCCCUCCGGCUCCAUGGUCUCUGAGAUCCCCGCUGUCCCCAUGCCCUCCGGCUCCAUGGUCCCCUCUGGCGACAUGACCUCCACUGUCGCCGUCACUGAGACCGCUUCCGUCACCUCGGUCGUCGUUGUCCCCACCGCCACUCCCGUCGUCCCUGGUGGCUCCAUGUCCGUCCCCAUGGGCUCCAACACCACCAUGGUCACCGGUACCGGCUCCAUGUCCGCCACUGCCUCCACCCCCGCCUCUGAGGAGACCUCUUCCGGCGUCGCUGGCAGCGCUACCGAGAGCGGUGGCAUCCCCGAGUCCACUGGUGCCGCCGCCGGCAACAUGGUCUCCUUCGGUGGCCUUGUCCUCGCCAUCGGUGCCGCCAUCGUCGCAUAA